CACUAUAUUUAAUAUUCUCAAGAUUUCAAACAAAAAGAAUAUGUGGAGUUCGCUAUACGUUUGCUCAAUCAACGUUUCACACUUCCAAAAAUCAUCAAGCCAAUCUCACAAUAACACGAAAACUUCACAAACUCGCAUUUCUCAGCAUCGUGUCAGCACGAAGCUAUUCAAUUCAACGGCGGAAACUUGCUGCACGAACCACGUGUCCUACAAUUCCCGAACUUUUUAACGCGGCCGUGUUUCCACCGAGGAAAAUAAACGAGUUCGUUCGAAACAAAUGCCGCGACGUUUCCGAAACGUGCUCCAGCGAAGAAUCAGCGUGGCGCGCAUCGAUUUGACUUCCAAAUGGGACUGUAGAAAGCGAGAUCACGUUCGGGACACCGGUUUUCGAGGUAGUCAGUCGUCUGGUAGCAGCGAACGACAACGAAUCCAUGCGAAGUGAAUUUUAACACGGCUCCAUCCGUCGAUUCCUCUCGUUUAACCGACUUUCCACUCGCGUACUCGCGUUCAUACUAACUUUGAAAUACGCCUCGUGUUUCCAUACUUUGGUACAUUCUUAGUCUUUCUUUUUUUCUUCUUUCCUUUUUGUGUUUAUUUAUCUCCGUCGUUCGUUGACCACCAUUAUCGUAGCUUUAUCACGACACUGAUAAAUGGUCCCCUUCUUGCUCGUCGAGAUACGGAAUGGCGCACGCAAUGAGAUGAAUGAAACGUUAAGGAAACAACGAGCUACGUCGCCCAUUCUUCGCGUUUUCUUUCUCGGUACGAAGCCAGCUGGACGGCUAACGUGAAACAAUGGAGAACAAUCUUGCGAACGAGGUGAAAGAGCUGUGGGUCGUUUACGUUUGGUGGUCAUGCGUUCUCAUUCUGAAGAUGAACGCCCUGACGUGGUUCACUGGGCGAAUACGAGCCACCAGACGGGUGAUACACAGCGAGGAGGACAAAAUGUGGUUGGCAAGUACCGACAUAAUUUUAUGUCCUACCGGAGGAGGUCACGAGGACGUGGUUCGCAUCAGAAAUGCACAUCAACAUGAUCUUGGAAUUGUAAUCCCUUAUCUGCUAAUUGCACCGAUAUGGCUGACUACGUCACCGCUGUUUCCUAUGGCUAGAUUGAUUUUACCCGCUUUUGCGGUAGUUAGCAUAUUACGUACGUUGCUCCACAUUAAAUUCGUGGACCUGCAUCGUUAUUGCAUAACAAUUCUGUCCAUCUCGGAACUUUGCAUUCUAAUUUACAUGUCCGUCGUAUCUGCGUUUUACUACGCAUCCUGAUCUCGGUAUAGUAAUAUACGUAUUUCUUGCAGUUCUAGAAACGUGAUCGUUGCAUUUUGAUACGAUACGUAGCUGCAGCGUUCAACGUGUCUCGUGUCGCGUAAAUCAGUAAAUGUAGACGUCAUCAUUAGUGCGGUUUAUAAAGGUCUCUUUAAUAAAAUUGAAAUAUGAAAAAACUUAAAGUUUUUGUGUCAUAUUUUAUUUCAUAUUUAUUGAAGAUUUUUUUUUGCAAAAUAUGCGGGAAAGAAUUUCGAGAUAUUUGUACCAUCUAUAUGUGACACAAUGAACAUUUUUUAAUAGACGUUUUACGUACAGGCAAAUAAAUGAACGAAAAUAUUGAUAUAAUAGAUCAACGAGAAUAUUUAAUUUAUGUAAUUUGAUUUAUUUAACACAAUAAAGAUGCAGUUCGAAUAAUUUACAAUUAUUUAAUCAAUGUAGAAGUACAGCGCGUAUUUGACCCCGUGUUCAAUACGUGUCUAUUAGUGUCCAAUAACUCUCAUUAUUAACACAAGCUAGUAGCAAAAAUGCAAAUCUGGCCUAUAAAACAUCACAAAUGAUAAGUAAACUUCUUAACCAAUUCUUUUCACAGUCAGAAUUUAAGAUGUUUUCUUCAGUUUUUAUACAAAGAAUAACGUGAUUCUAGCACAUUAUAAAAUAUCUUGAAGUAUCCGGAUAAGGUGCAUGUUACACAAUACUCGUUGCAAAAACAAAUCUUCAGUUCUUCUAACGAUCUAUCAACUUCCUGUUAUAGACCAAUUACAGUGUUCUUCGUCAUGCUACUUUUUCAAUGCAUGAAUUAGCAACCGAUAAACCAGAAUAUAUAUUUAUAGAACUACGAUGGUAACUUUAUUUUAAUUUAUUUGCCAGAGAAAUUAAGACAAUGCGCUGCGCUUCAUCAGUCAUAUGCCGUGCGCCCUUCUGAUUACUAAUUCGUAAUUAGACAUGAAAGAAACCGCAGAAGAAAUUAAUUAUAGUUAUUGUUUCACAGACAGCAUGUGCACAUGCAACAUCGAGCCACAUAAGAGCCGCGAUCAUCGUGCUUAUUCGAGUUUCAACUGCUAACGUACUGAAAGCGAACACUGCCUCGGUGUGCAAUAUCUUCGUUAUCAUUGGAUUUAAUUGAUAAGUAUUUAGCUUGUCUAGAUUAUGACGUGUUCGUUAUGUUACGUCUUUGAGAUCAAUAGUCAGUUAUUAAGUUAAUUUUGAGUGCAACCUGUUCAGAUUCGUAGAGCAAAGCGUCAUAGUCGUGAUUCAACUGUCAAGAAGUACGAGUGAUACUUUAAAGAAUCGAUCUCAGUGGAAAUCGUGUAGUGCUCCUGAUACUUUUUAUUAACCAUCGAUGCAUGUAAUUCCGUUGUCCACUCAUAUGAUAAUUUACAUUAGACGAUAGUUACGCGCGCUGAUAGCGUAACGUCUAUCAGAUGUAACCUGAUGCAGCGAAACGAGGGAUAAGUCGAGAAGGGUCACUAUGGAUAGUGACAGUCGAUUGUUCGCGGAGCUAGACAAAAGUUCCGUGCACAAAUUGCUUCAAAUGGAAGUGUUCGUCUUUGAUUGUAUAUUUUUCUUUACAUUUCUAUAUCUAUUCGUGUACUUAAUCGGUCGCCAAAUUUAGAGGUUAGGUAUACAUUGUCCUUCACCGUUGCGAAGGACUGACUAUAAAGCCGUAACUUCGGAUUACGAACGGAAUUAUUCGUUUUGAGGUGAUUCGAUAAGGUUUACGCUUAUUGCGCGUAAAAUUCGAUCAUGAUUCGAAGAGAAAUCAUGGUGCUGUGAUUCGAUUUCAGCGUAAAGAAAUGGA